AUGCAGCUGUACGCGACCCCUCCUCCAGGGUACCAGCAAUAUGAGCCGUCCACCGUCACCCCUUCGCCAGCAGAUAGUCCAUCGUCGGGUUCUACACCGCGCGCGACUCGGCGGUUGAGCAUUGCGUCCCCCAACGGUGAGGCUGCCUCCCCUACCCGGGGCAACGCAGAAGGAAACAGUGGAGCUGCUGCAACAGUCGCGCCGGCGCUGCUUGCUCGCUUGGUAGCACGAACUCUCAAUGUAGGUGCAAGUCUGACGCAGCCUCGCGGCGUUCCGCUUGAGCCUUUCGCGGUCGGGAGUACGAACACUGUCACGAGAUACUCGGCCGCUGCAUCCCCUUCAACGCCUUCUAUUUCUUCCUCGUCCUCGCCCUCACCCAUGCAGACGAAUCCGGCUCCCAAUUCCAGCGGCAGCAUAUCAAAUCGACCUUCACGCGUCCGUUUCCCCAUUUCGGCCGCACGAGGGUUUUCUUCGCGUGAUGCAGCCACGUCCGCGAUCCCCUCCGCCUGGCCGCCGUCCUACAAUCUCGAUGCGCACGACGCCAUGCCGUACCUGCCCGCGCGCUUGCGCUUGAAAUCCACACAGCUGCUUGCCUUAUCACCACCAGCGCAGUCUGCUCUGCUCUUGCAAGCGCAAGCAGAGGCACAGGCACAGGCGCAGGCGGACGCCCGAGCUCCACUUCGCUUCCUCGGCAGCACGACAGGCGUGUACGAGCUCAACGUAAAGUUCUGGCUGACGCCGAUCUGGAAGUUCCAGUUCCCCUGCGCGACGUACACCGAUCCGGCGGGAGAAAUGCUGUUCGAAUUCAACUUCAAGCGCAUGGCCGGCGCCGGCAGCCUCAGCUGGGAGAUGCGCGAUGGCCAUGCGCAGGGAAGGCCGAUAAUGCGGUAUGAAUCCAAGCGCAAGCGCGAGAGGCUAGUCAUGCUGGGUGGAACGAACGGGCAAGAGCCGACGCAUGUCACAAUCAGAGUUGGGAGGGUCGGUGCGCCAAAAGGGCACGUCAAGGGUGCUUCCACGCGAUUGAAGAAGUCUCUGAAGGACAGAUCUAGUGGGACCAAGUACGCAAAUCCAACACCGCUUGAUCAAGCAACAUCUGCGAAUGUACUUGCGCUUCACCGCUCACUCAGCAACGCCUCGAUGGCAUCCAACGCGACGGCUGUGCAGCUUAUGGAGCAGACGCAGCAGCUUCUCAACAUCUACCCCAUACGUCAUACGUCGCUGCUUGAAAGUGAGACAAGGCGCUGGAGGCAGAAGGGGAGAGAUGCCACGAGCAAGUCACACGGUACGAAAAGUACGAGCAAAACACGGCCGAGCGUGCUGGGCAGAAGGGUGCCUUCGUUUGGUUCUUCCGGCUCUGCUUCACAGGUGCAGGAUCUAGUAUACGAUGCAGCCACCGUCACUAGAGUGCACGGUCCCCAUGCCGGGCGAGCAGCGCUACCCAUGGAAGAGCAAGAGUGGGACCUUGACGAGAGACUCGCAGGUGGAGCAGAGGAUGACGCACGCAGCGUUGCCAGUGAAACCUCGUCUUCGUGGUCUUCGUCGUCCCCGAAUAACAGCAUCAACCAAAACGCCAGCACUCUAUUUACGUCUGAGCUUGCAGCUGCGAAUAAAAAGACAGUGGCUGCCACCCAAGACUUUGGGUACGACUACUGCGAAUUUAGCAUUCCACACUGCGCCUACGCGAGAAAGGGCGAUGCCGCGGUGGCCCCCAGUGGCAGGUGGACGUGGGUCACGAAUCGACCUAUGCGUUCGAUCGACGGUUUGCGCUUCGACACAAUCAAGUUCGCGUUGAUCGAGCAUCGUCAGCCUGCCACAUCAGACGUCGUCAUUGCUACGUUCAGUAUGAUCGACGAGCUCUCCGAGCCCAAUUGGAAGCUCUGCAUCCGCACGGGUGUUGCGUCUGAGCCACCGCAGCCGUCUACAAGCGCGUCGACUUCUUCGAUCCCCGCGCGCUCUCCACUCGCGGACAACCCUCCGCUGAUCAUGGCGACGUUGAUGAUUCUCUACCGCAGCGCGUGGACGCGCAUGAGCGCCGAAGCGCAGUCGGCGGAGAAUCGGGCGCGUAACGCGGUUAAACGGUCGCUUGAAGCGGCUAGCCUGAGCCACUCGGGAUACGUCAACUAUCAGCUCGGGCGCAGCGGCGAGGUCAAGGAACACUUGAUCAGUGGGCUGAGGCGCGCGGCUGACCGUGCUGGCAAUGGCGCCGCUAGACCCGCGAGAGCGGUGAGCGGCGUGCGCGAUACCCAGGCAGGACCGGGAGGGCGUGCAGCAGCAGCUGGGGACGCUGAUGGCGAUGAAGAGCUGGCAAGGACCCGCAAAAGUGCCGCUUGGGCCGAGCCACGGCCGCCGUCUUACACACCAGCGCGGCCUCUCAUGGCGGCGACAUGCUAG